ACGACAACUUGAGGAAUCCCAAGAAUUGUCAAAAUCAACAGGUAGAACGAUUGACCCCGUAAAAAGUAUCAAAUAUCGUGCCGAUUUCCAAACCGAGACCCUUGUUUGUAACGUUAUGAUAGAUAGUGCUUACGACUUCUAAUUUUGGCUAGAGUAUUUCAGCAUAAAAUCAAAAUGGAUUCCGAAGUGGAGAGGACAACGAAAUUGGAUGAUGAACUUGAAAGGACGAAAAAAAUGAUGAGAAGCCAGAACGGAGGUGUGGCUUCAAUAAGAGACCAAUGGAGUAAAAAAGGGAGUACAUCGGAUGAUGGCGAGACACCUAAACCAAGUGGUACUGGCAGAAGACCACUUGACGUUAACAUUGCGCUGAAUGCCAGCUCUGGAUCUGUGCGAGAUCGUUGGAAAAAGAUGGCCAACACAAAUGAGAGUGAAUCAACUGCUGCGCCAUCAGAGAAACCGAGGAGAAAGAAACAGGAUGAUGAUUUUCAGAGUGUUUUGAGGAGGAUCCAACAUACUGACGCAGAUGUACCAAGGUUCAACACAAAUUUCAGCUUAGAUAAGAACGGGAAGGAAAGUAAGACACCAGAAAAGAUAAUGAUCGACCCAUUCGCUCGAUUUGAGGACCUUGAAAUUGAUAAAGAGAAAAUGAGGAAAGAACUUGAUGAAGAUGAGAAGAAGAGGGAGGAGAGAAAGAAGGAAAGGGAGGCGUUGCUGAAGAAGAUCGAGGAGGACAGCGAGAAGAGACGAAAAGCUGAACAGGAAGAGACUCGUAAACGUCUCGAGGCUGACAAAAAGCGUCGAGAAAUGGCACGAAAGAAGCGCGAAGAGGAAGCUACGAUGAAUGCUGUUAACGGGGAGCCGAAGAGAAACUUUGUUAUACCGAAGAGAUCACAUGAUCAGGUCAGCAAUAUCAUGAAAGCUAAGGAAGAAAAUAACAAGACCAAAGGAGAGUUGAUACUCGAUAAGAAAGCUGUGUUGGCAAAGAGGAUCCAACCGUUGGACAUUGAGGGGUUCACGCAUGAGGAACUGCUUGAAAAAGCCAAAGAACUUUACGAUGCAAUCUACGAACUCGAGUCGGAGAAAAUCGAUUUUGAGAAGAGUGUUGAGAGGCAGCAAUAUGACAUAAUGGAACUAAAGGAAAGAGCCAAUCAGAUGCAAGUCAGUACAACACCGUCCCCCAAACCCGUAGCUCUUCCACUGAAGACAGGAUUAGGAGUUGGUAAACUUUCUGAGAGAUUUUCAUCCAGUGCACCUCCCAAAGUCCAGGUAUCGAGUCCACACCAGAAUGGCCCAUACACACGGCUUAAUAACGAUGGGAAGUCAUUCACGGACAAGUUUAAAAUGUUCGAAACAAUGGCCAAAAAAUAGCAAUUGACAUUGAAAUGGUAUACGUGGUGUGUCUUCUUGGAAUUAUUUUCACUAAACUAAGACUUUUAAUGACAUUUAAUUUGGAGCACAGCUGAAGCAGGACAUUUCCUGAGGAUUUCUACAAAUGCCAGUGGAUCAAGUUGAGGGAUGUUUCAUUUUACAUGUAUUUUUAGUGUUAGGAGGAAAUGUGGUUUGACAAAUUCAGGACUCUGAUCUGACCAUGUCACCGUUUGACGGUAUUUUGAAUGGACAAGUUCCCCUCAAAACCAUAGAAUCUCUCGACCAUUUCAUUGGUUUCUUGCUUAUCAUUGGAGAGAAAAACCAAGGUAAAUGUCUCUGAUUGAUGCCCUCUGAGACAUUCCAAAGUAUUCCCUUGGAGAGCAAUCUUGGGCUAAAACACCAUGUGGAAAGCUCAAUUGUAGAAAGGUGUCAAUUGUGAAUUGCUGAUAUUCUUAAUUUGUCAAAUCGUAGAGGGGUCGGCAGUUGGUCAGAUUAGACAUGUAUGUAUUAUGCUCACAAUUCUGAAAAUUUUAGAACAGUUAAUCAAAAUUUUGAUGUGAUUUUACCACUUUAUACUAUUGUACAUUCCAAUAUACAUAUUGUCUUGCAAUAUUUGUAAUCGGUUAACCACUAAUCUACUUUAAUUGUAUACAAUGACUUUUAUUGUAUUUCUGUCCAAUUCAUACUACUAUUCCAUUGUAGUUAGUGAUAAUAACAAGUAUUGAGAACUAUAUUUUGCAUGUACAUGUACAUGUUCACUGACUGCUGCUAAUUGCCCAGUUGAUAACCCAAGAGUUUUCAGUUUUAUCUUGACAUAAGUAGCUGCACAGGACUACCGGUACAUGAUUUUGUAUCUUUUAAAGUGUGUUCUUUACUUUUGAAACUAUAACAUUGAGCAUUUUCUGUUCGAAAUAUUUACACCAGAUCUAUGUAAUAAAUCCCAAUCUUCUUUGAAAUCAUUUUGUCUUUCAUC